UGAGUUCAUAUUGCACUGCACUGAACUAAAUUAGUGCAAGCGAGGACAAGCUAAAAUGAGCAUGUAUAAAGAACGCCUUAGUACAGGAAUCAAUAUGGCGCACGUGUUGGACUUCUUAGAUUCUUCUGAUGAAGAAGAAAAUAUUAAUUUAAUACCACCUGUUUCAUUUGCACCUCUUUUAAAUGAUGAUGACGAUUUUGAUGAAAUACAUUUAUUACAUCCAAUUUUUGGACUAGUACAAAGAAUCGAGCAUGUGAAAAUAAAUAACUAUAUAGAAAAUGUUAUUUCUGACUAUAAUGAUAUAGAUUUUAUUAUGCAUUUUCGCUUGUCGAGGCCAGUAACAUACCAAUUAAUUGAUCAAUUUAGAGUGUCGGAAAUGUUUAUUAUUCUUCAAGAUCGUAUAGGAAAUAUAAAAAUAACCGCUGAAAAACAUAUUCUAUGUUACUUAUGGUUUGUUGGUCAUCAAACUGCAUCUUACCGCGAUGUAGCAGACAGAUUUGGCAUAACAAUAAGUUCGUUACAUUCAGUAAUUACAAGAGUAACCGAUUUUACUUUAUCUAUAGCACCUAAUGUUAUUAAAUAUCCAACUCAACUCGAAAAAGAAGAAACCGCAAAUUUUUAUCUAGAACAAAAACAAUUUCCUGGUGUAAUUGGUGCUAUUGACGGUUCUCACAUCAGGAUCGAUAAACCUCUGGAAGAUCCUGAUUCAUAUAUCAAUCGAAAACAAUAUUUUUCUAUACAACUACAAGGGAUCGUUAAUCAUAACAUGAAAUUUAUAGAUGUUUUUAUUGGGUAUCCAGGUUCUGUCCACGACGCUAGAGUUUUCCGAAAUUCAACAAUACGUAAUAAUUUGCAUGAAAUUUGUGGAGAUAAUUAUUACUUUUUGGGAGAUAGUGCUUAUCCUUGUUUGAAACAACUAAUUGUUCCAUAUAGAGAUAACGGACACUUGACACGUGCACAAAGAAUGUUCAAUCAAAGAUUAAGUUCAUGCAGAGUUAUUAUCGAAAAUGCAUUUGGAUGUCUUAAGCAAAGAUUUCGUCAAUUAUAUCAUUUUAAAUUGAGAGAUAUGGUACGAAUGGUGCGUGUCAUACACGCAUGCUGUGUAUUGCAUAACAUAGCAAAUGUAAAAGAAUUAGAAUAUUUUGAAGAACAGUUAGACGAUGAGUACCCUGAUGCUGAAUUACAACAUAGACAGAUUGACAUAAUUGAUAAUGCACCAAGGGAAUACGAGGGCGACAUAACAGGAGCACAUGUCCGUGAUCAAGUAUGCAAUUUAUUGUCAACUCAAUAAUAAUAUAAAAUAUACUGUGUAGUGUUAUAUAAUGAACAUAUUGUGAAAAUUGUACUAUACAGAUACCAAAUAAAACAUAAUACAAAACAAAA